CUCAGCCCCAGGAUCUCUAUGUCUGCUCUUCCUCGCUGUUCUUCAUGUCGACCACGGUUACCUAGGCCAAAACAUGGUCUGAUACGUCCCAGGUGCCUUGCCACGGAAGUUUCGUCGGGUUCAGUAACGAUACCAGCCGAAUCGACGCCCACUGUUGGCAAGGUCAAAAUUUAUGACACUAUCAGGACGUCUGUCAUCCUAAACCGCUCGCCCUUCCUGACGCGUCCCCUGUCGCGGUUCGAGCAAGCAUUCUAUGCUUACCAGCAGCGUAUCCAGCGGGCAUUGCAUAAUCCGUUCCCGUACGAGUUCUACUUCAAGCAGGGCUCCCUUCUAGAGUCCAAAUUCAAUGCAGAGGAAAGAAGAAGGGAGCGUAUGGCAUUUGGUGCGCCCUUUGGGAUUUCCGAGAGCCAGGAAGGCUCGGAGAACAAAUCACAGAACGCCAAGGAGAGUGUUGCCGAAGCCUUGGAUCGGGAAGAGGAAGAGAAGAUCCCUCGCAGAGGCGAAGCUGAUCGGACGAAUGAUGUCAGGAGCUUAGAGAGAAAGGGCGAGAGGAAUCUUUAUCUCCUGUUGCUGAAAAAGUUGGACGACCGACAAGUAUGGCGCCUUCCGGAGGGUGGGCUACAGAAAGGCGAAGUGUUGCAUGAAUCUGCCGAGCGGAACCUGUUAACGGAGUGUGGCAUACGCAUGGACACCUGGAUAGUGAGCCGAAACCCCAUAGGCUUGUACCGUUCCAGUACAUCCAACCAGGUGUCACCUCGACAUAUUUUCUUCUACAAGGCCCACAUUUUGGCUGGACAAGUACGGCCAGAUGGUACCAACGUGCUUGACUACGCUUGGCUCACCAAGGAGGAGAUGGAGGACCGCCUGGACAAGGAGUACUGGCUCGGGUUGAAAGACAUCCUUUCGGAUAACUGACCUUCUGUCUCUUGCGCUCCCAUACCCUAUGUUUGCUCAGCUGAGUGACUAAUUAGUAUUGUCAGUCCGGCUCCUAGAGAAGUCGAACAUAGAUAACUCGUGUUCGUUCUCGUUAUGCCUGUAUGUGAAUGCAUGAGUACCGAGUAUCGAGG